AUGUCACCUCCAAGGUUGAUUGUACAAAAUGUCAACCUCUCUCCCUCAGGAUAUUCCCACCUCCUCCAAAGACUUCACCAUAACAAUAAUUGGCGGGGAAUAGGUGGCCUAAUUCUCGCAGCCGGACUCAUCCGACGACACGUCCGUGUACAAAUCUACGAAGCUGCAACCGAAUUCAAAGAAAUUGGUCUCGGUCUAUCCAUCGGUCCAGCAGCACAUCGCGCAUUACGACUAAUCGCUCCCGAACUUCGAGAUAUCUAUGAUUCCCUUGUAACAACACACGCCGAUAGUCCUGGUUAUGAAGCAUUCCGACAAACCUGGUUCGAGAUUGUUUGGGGGUGCGGACCAUCCGAAGGAGAUAUUUUGAUGGAUUUAAAAGCAUUACCAUCCGGACAGACGACUGUGCGACGAGCUGAUUUUCUUGAUGCACUCAUCACUCUUAUCCCUCAAGAUAUUGUGCAUUUCGGGAAAAGAAUGGAGAGUUUAAUCGAAGAGGGCGAAGAUCAGAAUGGAUUAGGAGGGAUCUUGUUGAAAUUUGAGGAUGGAGAUGAAGUGCGCGCUGAUGUGGUGGUAGGUUGUGAUGGGAUUAAAUCCAAGGUGAAAGAAUCCAUGCUUGUUGAAGAAUCGAAACUCAAGCAGCCGCAAUAUAGUGGGAUGUAUUGCUACCGAGCUGUGCUAGACAUGGAUGAUAUGGUUAAAGCGGUCGGAGAUCAGAGAGCAAGGGUCUCGACUGUAUAUCUUGGUGAAGGGAUGUAUGGAAUUUCGUAUCCAAUUAUGCGAGCUAAGAAGGUUAAUGUGGGUCUUUAUGUUCUACAAGAGAAUUGGGAUUGGGAUACAUGGAUUCGACCUACUCUGAAGGAGGAUCUACGACGUGAUGCUAGUAAGAUGGGUCGGUACUGGGAGACUCUUGUUGAGUACAUGCCAGACUCAUCUCAGUGGGCGCUUUUCGAACAUCCUCAUCUAUCCACAUUCUGUCGAUCCCGCGUAGCCAUUCUCGGCGAUGCCGCUCAUGCUUCAACCCCACAUCAAGGUGCAGGCGCUGGACAAGCAAUCGAAGACGCACACGUUCUGGCUGAGUUACUUGCAGACUCACGGGUCCAAUCUACUCGCGAUAUCGUGUCAGCAUUUAAGGCGUAUGAUGCAAUAAGGAGGCCACGUAGUCAACGAGUCGUCACUAGUAGCAAGGAAGGCGCAUAUCUUCUUUGUUUGUGCCUGGACGGGGUGGGAGAUGAUGGAGAGAAGUUAAAGGAGACCUUGGAAGAGCGAAUGAAGUGGAUUUGGGAUCUUGAUGUGGGAGGUCAAGUGGAGGAGGCAAGAGGAAGCAUGGUGAUCUAA